AUGUCGCGCGCUGUCGUUCGUCACUCCAGGCUCCUCGCCAAUGCGCUCGCGCCAGCUGCGCGAGGAGGGGGAGCGGCGGCGCCAUCCAUCGCAGCGGUGGACGCCGCUCGUCCCAUCACCACCAACGCCCCCAUCACCGCCACCGCCACCGCGCCUGCCAGCGCCACUGCGCCCUCCGCCGCUGCGGGUGGGUGCUUCACCGCCGCCCCUGCCCUCGCACCCACCGCUGCUGCCGCCCCCCCCAUGCACAGCGCCACCGCUCGCCCGGCGGCAGCGCCCGCGCUGGGAGGGGCGGCAGGGGCGUUCGCGGACGUGCCCACCUCGCAGAUCCGGCGGGUGAGUGCACUCACGACAGGGGGUGCACGCAGAGGGGUGCACACAGAGGGGUGCACACAGAGGGGUGCACACAGAGGGGUGCACACAGAGGGGUGCACACAGAGGGGUGCACACAGAGGGGUGCACACAGAGGGGUGCACACAGAGGGGUGCACACAGAGGGGUGCACACAGAGGGGUGCACACAGAGGGGUGCACACAGAGGGGUGCACACAGAGGGGUGCACACAGAGGGGUGCACACAGAGGGGUGCACACAGAGGGGUGCACACAGAGGGGUGCACACAGAGGGGUGCACACAGAGGGGUGCACACAGAGGGGUGCACACAGAGGGGUGCACACAGAGGGGUGCACACAGAGGGGUGCACACAGAGGGGUGCACACAGAGGGGUGCACACAGAGGGGUGCACACAGAGGGGUGCACACAGAGGGGUGCACACAGAGGGGUGCACACAGAGGGGUGCACGCAGAGGGGUGCACGCAGAGGGGGUGGACACGAGAGCGAGACAGGACGAGGGAUAUCAUCGCGCAGCGGCUGAUGGAGUCCAAGUGGGGGUCGCCACACCUGUACGCCGAGGCAGCAUGGCUGCACGGUUGUGCUCUGUGCUUUGCCCCGCCUCCUUCGCUUCCAUCCCCUUCUACCUCCGCCUCUGCCUCCUCUUCACCAUCCCGCUCCUGCACCCACCUGCUCCGUGCCUUGCCUGCUCCAUUCUUUCCUCUCCCCUCUUUUCCUCCCGCCCCUCUUCCUGUACUCUCUCCCUUCCCCCACCAUCCCCCCUCCCUGUGCGUCUGCUCCGUCCCCGCCCCCACGUGCGUGUGCCCUGCAUGGCCAUCAGAGGCGGACAUCGACGCCACGCUGCAGCUGCGCCGGGAGCUCAAAGACAAGUGGGGCGUGGCGGUGUCGGUGAACGACUUUGUCAUCAAGGCCGUCGCCAUGGCGCUCGCCCACACACCCCACGCCAAUGUGCACUGGGACGGCAAGGCGGGGCGAGUGGUGAGCAACAGCAGUGUCGACAUCUCCAUCGCCGUCGCCACUGACAAGGGACUCAUCACGCCCAUUCUAAAAGAUGCGGACAAGAAGUCGCUCGGAGCUAUCUCCAAGGAGGUGAAGCAGCUGGUGGAGAGGGCCAGGGCGGGCAAGCUACAGCCGCAUGAAUUCCAGGGCGGCACCUUCAGCAUAUCGAAUCUGGGCAUGUAUGCGGUGGACCGCUUCUCCGCCAUCAUCAACCCGCCUCAGUCGGGCAUUCUAGCGGUGGGCCGCGCCGACAAGGUGCUGCGCCUGCCCGCUGAGACCUCUGCAGGUCACGUGCCCUUCCAGGGUCCAGGAACCAGGGGGAGAGGGGCGAGGGGCGGGACGGAGAGUUAUGGGGAUAGAUUGGUAGUGGGUGGGGGCGAACUGGUUGCCGAAUGCGAUGUUGAUGGGUGGGAAUGCGGUGUUGAUGGGUGGGAAUGCGAUGUUGAUGGGUGGGAAUGCGAUGUUGAUGGGUGGGAAUGCGGUGUUGAUGGAUGGGAAUGCGAUGUUGAUGGGUGGGAACCGAUGUUGAUAGGUGGGAAUGCGGUGUUCAUGGGUGGCAAUGCGAUGUUGAUGGGUGGGAAUGCGAUGUUGAUGGGUGGGAAUACGGUGUUGAUGGAUGGGAAUGCGAUGUUGAUGGGUGGGAAUGUGAUGUUGAUGGGUGGGAAUGCGAUGUUGAUGGGUGGGAAUGCGAUGUUGAUGUGUGGGAAUGCAAUGUUGAUGGGUGGGAAUGCGGUGUUGAUGGGUGGGAAUGCGAUGUUGAUGGGUGGGAAUGCGAUGUUGAUGGGUGGGAAUGCGGUGUUGAUGGAUGGGAAUGCGAUGUUGAUGGGUGGGAAUGUGAUGUUGAUGGGUGGGAAUGCGAUGUUGAUGGGUGGGAAUGCGAUGUUGAUGUGUGGGAAUGCAAUGUUGAUGGGUGGGAAUGCGGUGUUGAUGGGUGGGAAUGCGAUGUUGAUGGGUGGGAAUGCGAUGUUGAUGGGUGGGAAUGCGGUGUUGAUGGGUGGGAAUGCGGUGUUGAUGGGUGGGAAUGCGGUGUUGAUGGCGGGACAGAGGUGGAUGUGA